AUGAGUGCUGAGGUUGCUGAACAGGUGCAGAAACUGUCCGUGAAGGACGGGCAGAGCAAUGACAAGAAACAGAAGCAGAAGCAGGGCAAGCAGCCAGGGAAGCAGCUGUUCAUGGACCCGGAGCCCGCGUUCAUUGCGGAGAGGGGUGCUCUGUUUGAUGCAUUGCAGGAGCAGUACAAGGAGAAGGUGGCUGCGAUGCCUCGCCACACAUUGAAGGUCGUGUUGAAGGAUGGGGCCGUGAAGGAGGCAACAUCGUGGGAAACUACUCCUAUGGAUGUUGCAAAGGAGAUCUCCAAGUCCUUGUCCGACAGACUUUGCAUUGCCAAGGUCAAUGGGCAAUUGUGGGAUCUGGAGAGACCUCUGGAGGGUGAUGCGAACGAGGAGAUCAAGCUGGAGUUGCUAGAUUUCGAGUCCGAGGAGGGGAGGAAAGUGUUCUGGCACUCGUCUGCUCACGUGCUGGGCGAGGCCUGUGAGUGUAACUUGGGUGCACAUAUCUGUCUGGGUCCACCAACGGAUGACGGGUUCUUCUACGAGUUCUCCGUCCGGGACAGCAUGAAGCCGCUCGGUGAAGGUGAGGAGGAGAGAACCGUCUCGCAGGCGGACUUCCCUAACUUGGAAGCUGUCGCGAAGCAGGUCAUCAAGCAGAAGCAGAAGUUCGAGCGGUUGGUCAUGUCUAAGGAGGACCUGUUGAAAAUGUUCCACUACUCCAAAUACAAGAAGUACCUGAUCCAGACCAAGAUCCCAGAUGGAGGUGCCACCACCGUGUACAGAUGUGGUAAGCUGAUCGAUCUAUGUGUUGGUCCACAUAUCCCACACACAGGGAGGAUCAAAGCUUUCAAGCUGUUGAAGAACUCGUCCUCGUACUUCUUAGGGGACGCCAACAACGAUUCCUUGCAGAGAGUGUACGGUGUCUCCUUCCCAGACAAGAAAUUGCUGGACGCACACUUGAAGUUCUUGGCUGAAGCACAGAUGAGAGACCACAGAAAGAUCGGGAAGGAGCAGGAAUUGUUCAUGUUCAACGAGAUGUCUCCAGGUUGCGCAUUCUGGUUACCACAUGGUACCAGAAUCUACAACACGCUGGUCUCUCUUUUGAGAACAGAGUACCAGAAGAGAGGUUACGAGGAGGUCAUCACUCCAAACAUGUACAACUCCAAGUUGUGGGAAACCUCAGGUCACUGGGCCAACUACAAGGAGAACAUGUUCAGCUUUGAGGUCGAGAAGGAGACCUUCGGGUUGAAGCCCAUGAACUGUCCAGGUCACUGUCUGAUGUUCAAAGCGAGAGAACGUUCGUACAGAGAACUGCCUUGGAGAGUCGCCGAUUUCGGUGUUAUCCACAGAAACGAAUUCUCCGGUGCUCUGUCUGGUUUGACCCGUGUGAGAAGAUUCCAACAAGACGACGCUCACAUCUUCUGUAAACAUGACCAAAUUGAAUCCGAGAUCGCCAACAUCUUCGAUUUUUUGAAGUACGUUUACGGCGUGUUCGGUUUCGAGUUCAAGAUGGAACUGUCCACGAGACCAGAGAAGUACGUCGGGGAAAUCGAAACUUGGGACGCUGCUGAGGCCAGAUUGGAGUCCGCUUUGAAGAAGUGGGGUGGGAACUGGGAAGUCAACCCUGGUGACGGUGCCUUCUACGGUCCAAAGAUCGAUAUCAUGAUCUCGGACGCGCUACGGAGAUGGCACCAGUGUGCUACCAUUCAGCUGGAUUUCCAACUUCCAAACAGAUUCGAAUUGGAAUUCAAAGCUAAGGAAAACGAGGGUAGCGAAAACUACGAAAGACCAGUUAUGAUCCAUCGUGCCAUCUUAGGUUCCGUGGAAAGAAUGACCGCCAUUUUGACCGAGCAUUUCGCAGGGAAGUGGCCAUUCUGGUUGUCUCCACGCCAGGUGCUCGUCGUCCCAGUCGGGGUCAAGUACCAAGACUACGCUCAAGAUGUGCGCGACCAAUUGCACGCCGCCGGGUUCUACGCCGAUGUCGACAUGACCGGUAACACUUUGCAAAAGAAGGUCAGAAACGGUCAAAUGCUGAAGUACAACUUCAUCUUUAUCGUUGGUGAACAGGAAAUGAACGAGAAAUCUGUCAACAUCAGAAACAGAGACAUCAUGGAGGAGCAAGGUAAGAAUGCCACCGUCGCACUGGCCACCGUGAUCGAACAGUUGAAGGUUUUGAAGGACGAGAAGAGAAUGGAUAACAAAAUGAUCUGA